AUGUGCUGCACCAGGCCGCCUCAUGUUUCACUCGUUGCGAUAUUCGAGAUAUCACGAUACACGUGUAUUCGUAAUGCACUACUCACAAGGUUGCUGAAAAUUCGUCGACAGCCCGCAACCGGUUUCGCCCUUUUUGGGGCUUAUCAGGCACAGUCCCCGAGUUUCCGUCAACCGUGUGUUCUACUUGAAAUACAAAGGUAUUUUUUUGGUCCCGUGGUUUUUAUGGUUCCCGUUUUACUGGGACAAUGGUCUCUCAGCAACGGUCUUGUACACUAUGCAAGCUCAUCCUUGACCGUGCCAUGGUUUGAACUCGGCAUGCGAGGCAAGCGUGUUACCGCAACUCCACCACGUCUGAAAAAGCGAACUUGCUCCCCCUCGAGUGAUGUGAUUGGUUGCCCCGAUGGCUCGAACGACGACCCACUAACUGUCCUUUUUGUGUCGAUCGAUUGGCCCAUUUGUCAAGAAUUCCUAAACAUAAGGUUGAUGGAACCUUGGGGGCUGCGCUUGCCUGAUGAGCCUCAAGAAGGACCAAACCGGUCGUGGGCUGUAGAAGGGCUUUCAGCAAUCUUAUGA